AUGCCUAGAAUAAUCACCUAUACUGGCGACAGUAAGGUCAAAACAAGGGCGACACGUCUAGUUUGGCUUCAAAGUGACUCCUCAUUUGCAGGCCUAUACCAUGCGAUUACAAGGCUUCAAAUUGGCUCGAAAUUAGACCUCUUGGCGUGGACAAGCCGCCGCUGCAAACCUAGCCGCCGUGGCGGUUUACCACCCUCGCAUUCUUGGUCAGUAUACAUAGACCUAAUUUCUUUCGUUCCUGCGUUUCAACCCUACCCCAACCCAACCCAACCCAAUCUUGCAUUUGCCAUUACGGAGGACGCAUUUCGCUUUCUUUCCGAUCCGGGGAUGCUUGUUUACCGGCCAUGCCAUUUUACGAGAAAGAGAGAUGAUGAUUGGAAGAAGCAUGCCACAUGUCUCGGGGAGGAGUGGCUGACGGAACCCUGGAUAUCCCAACUUCAAAGAGCAUCGAGCAGAAGAUGA